CGGAGCCACUGGAGCGCGCGGGUUCGGGCAGAGCCACUGAGGUGGGGGGGUUCAAGCUGUGCAUGGAGAGCCUUAGCUGGGAGAACAAGCAAGUUUUUAGCAAGCAUCUAAGCCAGGGAUUUCACCCAGGAGGGGUUGCUGCCUUGCUUUGGAGGAGAGACUACGGCAGGUGACUCUGGAGCUGGGAGAAGCUGCAGAGGUAUCAGGGAGGAAACCAGCCGAGGAGGACAUGGCAAGCGGUAACUCAAGAGGAGAAAGUGUUUUCUCCCUGGGACCUGGAUGGGAGCAUGGAGAUAGAAACUGGGCUCAGAAUAGUUCAGAGGAAAGAGAGAGGAAGGAGUGGGAACUAAGCCUUGAAAGUACCAGCAGCAGGAUAGUGAAUACAAAUGAAUGGGAGGGAGACUGCAGCAGGUGAGGAAGUUCUCAUUAAGGAGAGCUUAAUGAGACAAUAAAAGCCUCUGGGAAGCCUAACGGUCCCCCUGCCUCUCCUCUGGUGAGACUUUCCUGAGGUGCCCCUUUCCCUACAAACACUGCUGGGUCUGCUGGCAAAGGCCAGAUGGUGCCACAGGGACCAGCGGAGAUGGAGAGGAUCAGCCACAGCGAUGGAGGUGCCCGGAGCAGCGUGGCAGCCGCCCGUCCGUCCGUCCCUCUGACAGGGCUGCAGGCGUGGGAGCUCCGAAACGCGGCACCCCGCGGACAUCCACUGCUUUUAUUCCACAUGCACUUUGCACCGGGGCUCUCCCGACCCUGGCAAGGGUCUUUUUUGGUGGGUGGGAGCUGAACUGCGGCGUUGGUGUUCUGGUUCCCACAUCAUGCCAGACGGGGACCCAGAAGUGCCCUUCUCUUUGGCAGAGAAGGGCAACAAGGGUGGUGAAGGGGUCUAGAAAAUGUGUUUUCUGAGGGAGCUGAGUUUGUUUACCUGGAAGAGGUGGUUUGUUUGAGCCUGGAGGAGGCUCAUGGGAGACAUCAUCGCUCUCCACAACAACCUGAAAGGAGGUUGCAGUGAGGUGGAGACUGGUCUCUUCUACCGUGCGUGCAGUGAGGACUAGAGGAAACGGCCUUAAGCUGCGACAGGGGAAGUUCAGAUCAGAUACCAGAAAUUUUUUUUCACUGUUCAGGUGGUCAGGCAUUGGAACGGGCUGUCCAGGGAGAGGUGGCGGAGUCACCGUAUCUGGAGGGUGUUUUCCAGAGGCGUCUGGAUCUGGCGAUGGGAGAAUUAUUAAUCUCAAAGAAUGACAGCAGCUGCUUCAGCAAGUGGAUUCAUUGUGCAAGAGGUCAUUAUUUACAGCUGCCAGCUUUAUUGAACUCUUCCUUACGUUUCAUCCCUAUUUUCUUUUAGAAGUGGAAAAACAACUUAGGGUUGAUGUUUUGUGUGUCAUCAACUGAAAUUGGGGCCAUCAUGAAUAUCACCAAGGGUGGGCUGGUGCUGUUUUCAGCUAAUUCCAAUUCGUCGUGCAUGGAACUGUCCAAGAGGAUUGCUGAGCGCCUGGGAGUUGAGAUGGGGAAGGUUCAGGUUUAUCAGGAGCCAAACAGAGAAACAAGAGUGCAGAUUCAGGAGUCUGUGAGAGGAAAGGAUGUAUUUAUCAUCCAAACAGUUUCAAAGGAUGUGAACACUACGAUCAUGGAGCUCCUGAUCAUGGUGUAUGCCUGUAAAACCUCCUGUGCCAAAAGCAUCAUUGGAGUCAUCCCUUACUUCCCAUACAGCAAACAGUGCAAGAUGAGGAAAAGGGGCUCCAUUGUCUCUAAGUUACUGGCCUCAAUGAUGUGCAAAGCUGGACUAACUCAUCUUAUUACCAUGGAUCUACAUCAGAAGGAAAUUCAGGGCUUCUUCAACAUUCCAGUUGAUAACUUGAGAGCAUCCCCGUUUUUACUACAGUACAUCCAAGAAGAGAUACCAGACUACAGGAAUGCUGUAAUUGUGGCCAAAUCUCCUGCGUCUGCAAAGAGGGCACAGUCGUUCGCUGAGCGCCUGCGGUUGGGAAUCGCUGUGAUCCACGGGGAAGCUCAGGAUGCCGAGUCUGACAUGGUGGAUGGUCGGCACUCCCCACCCACAGCCAAAUAUGUCGCUGCUAUUCACCCCAGUUUGGAGAUCCCCAUGCUGAUUCCCAAGGAAAAGCCACCCAUCACAGUUGUGGGAGAUGUGGGAGGAAGAAUAGCUAUCAUCGUGGAUGACAUCAUCGAUGAUGUUGACAGCUUCCUGGCUGCAGCCGAGACCCUCAAGGAGAGGGGGGCUUACAAGAUCUUUGUCAUGGCCACCCACGGCCUCUUGUCUUCAGACGCUCCCCGGCUGAUCGAGGAGUCUGCCAUCGAUGAGGUGGUUGUUACAAACACAAUUCCACAUGAGAUACAGAAACUCCAGUGCCCUAAAAUCAAGACUGUGGAUAUCAGCAUGAUCCUCUCGGAAGCCAUUCGCAGGAUCCACAACGGGGAGUCCAUGUCGUACCUUUUCAGGAAUAUAGGACUGGAUGAUUAAUGCUUCUGACUCUAAAGGAACACCCCGGGCCAAACUGGAAGGGAACAGAGAAGGAGCUGUGAAGCAUCUUGCUUUACCUUAAUCUUUCCGUUGAGCCACUUCUUGUUUUCUCUUGGUUUAAGUAUGGAGGUAGAAC